AAAAUAGCGAGUACAGAUACUAAACCGUAACCUGUACACUAUUUCCCAACAAGAAAAGAAAAUUCGACACUGAUCAGAACCUAUACGCUGUACGAUAUUAACAAAAACUGUAACUUUACCAAACUGGCACUUUGAGGUGAUCGGGGUAGGUUAAUACAUAAUCAAAAACGGCUACUACCAAAGAUGGUCGUCCGAAGCUGGGACUGGUGUAAGUGGAAACAAUGGAUGUCCUUAUACAUUCCACGUGUGCCAAAUUGGCUGAUUGUGACGAUCGUGACAGUUUCACUCAUUCUGACACACAUGCUGGGAGAGCAUUUCACCAUGAUGGGCGAGACGCACAGAGUUUCCCCGAAGUCAAUUGAUGCCGCAGUGGCUAGCGGUCAAUUCGGUCGCGGCGCUGUGCUCACGGCAUCCCAUGCGGAUGAGGUCAUAUCAGACUGGGAUACCGCAAUGGAACGUAUGUCGAUUAAAGAUACAGGGAGUAUUAAAGACGACGCGUUCCUUACGUUACUCGACUCGAAGCUAAAGCACAAGUUGAAGGAGAGUAGACGGGAGUUAGGGAGCAAGUACACCGGCGGGGCUCAAUAUGAUAGCAUGCAGAAGUGGGUGGGGAAACUGGAACGUAGUCUGAAGGAAAGGGAAUUGCGCAUCCGCCUAUCCAAAGAUGAAGUGAAGAGCAUCAAGGAAAAUAAAACCAUACACAAGGAAAACCGAGACAUGGGUGAUUAUGAGCCCACGUCUUUUUACCAGAUUUAUCGACACAGAAACGGGGGCCAGACUAUUGAGUAUCCCAGGGCCGGUACGCCAGAGAACGAUGUGCGUAUAGCAUACCUAUUCUUCAUCGAUACGACCGACGACUUUUUAGGAGUGCAAGAGGCGCUGGACAUUCUCUACGAGACCAAACACACGUUUGUGAUCUACAUCACGCGGAGAUCUCACUCUUCAUUUCUCAAACUCAUCAGAGAAUACUACGAGGACCUUGAUAACGUGCGCGUGAUGCGUGGCCGAGAACUGGCCGUCAAAGGUACCGAACUUUCCGACCCCGACAAGCAAGUCUACGAGUACGCCAUCUCUGUGGGAGGGUGGGACAUUGCGAUUAACCUGUGUGGCCUAUCUAUGCCCAUAAAAUCACCGGCGGAGAUCGCACGCGAGAUCGUGACCAAGAAGGGCGUGAGUUUCGUAUCCAGUUUUAAUGUAAAGGACAAUCUCGAAGGGUUCUUGGAACGCAAUGCUGACACACAGAUUCGCUGUCGAAAUCAGGAGUGCUCUCAGCUGGAAAAUACUCCCAACAAUCUUCCCUUGUAUUUUGGUAAACGAUGGGUAGCGCUGUCACCAGACUUCACUGCAUACCUUGUGCAAUAUGACGAUAUGGCGGACUGGUCGACCUUCCUGUCCACUUCGCGCAACGAUGUUUGUCUUACUCAGACGGUACUUCGCAACUCUGGCUUCGCAUGGGAAAUGUUCGACCCGAUGCUUGACAGUGCGCCCUCUGCAAUGCUAUUCCCCGGGUUAGUAGACAAUAGCGAUGAUAAUGCGAAUACAGACAAUGUCGCAAAUACGGAGAAAAAAAUGCUAACGACCGCUAAAGGUUUGUAUUCACUGCAAAGAGAGACGUUGAACAUAAGUGGCUUGGGGUCACCAUUGUUUGUGAGGACAAUCAAACCGGGACACACUCUUAAACACUUGAUUGUGGGUAAUCUGCUGGUCAAACAACAGAGCCAGUGAGUGCACUAAGUCAUGUGUAUGAAGUCCAAAUGGAGCUUGCACUGUCAAUGAGUUUUGAAUCAACUCGCGAUUGUAUCGAGGGGAUUUUUUUUUGCAACCUCGUUCAUCGGCUGUAUUGCCCAGUUUCAUACCCUAAUCCGUAACUCAAUUUACAUACAUAGCUGUUAUGUAUCGCAAACGUAUAAACUGCACGUUAGCGAAAUAGUGUAAAGCAGGAAAGCUCACAACGCCUACAACGUAAAAUAGCCAAACAUACGACCAUCUGAGCACUUUCACAUCACAAGAGCGGCUUGAGUGCUUCAUACCACUGCAUUGUGAAAAGAUCUCGCCACUGCGUCACGCACAGUAGCAACGCAACAGACUCAUGUACAGUACGGAUCUAGUCGGGGCUCGUUCUAUGACAGUUCGAGCAAUUCGGCCUUUCAAAACGGAUUAGACGAUAUUGUGGUUAGCUACAGUGUGUAAGAAUUGCUUAUUCAGCGACCUUUGUCGUGCAGUGUUUGUUUUAUCAUCAGCACUGCUCGGUAACACCUCGCGCAACUGUGGCGUGAAAUGACGAUGCAAUAAGGGUGGAAUAUGUACUGGGAGGAAACAUCGAUCCCAGAUCUUUCAGGUCAGAAUCGUUAUGUUUUCCACUCAGUCGUCGUACGUUUCUGCUUUUACGAAAGGUUGAGCACAGCAGUCAUGAGCAGUAUACUUGUGGCUUCGGAAGUUGUGCAAGUAUGCCUAGGCAAAUUUAGGAAUUUUGGGCGAUCUUCUGCUGGUUGCCUAGUCGAUUGUGUCCCCGUUGGCAAUUCCAAUGUAUGUUUAGGGGAACGUGCGAGUGCAUCCGGUGAUCCAGCUCAUGGGUUUGAAUACUGCCAGUUUUUCCAUGUGGAUUAAAAUUAUGUACAAAUCGCGUUUCGUAGCGGAUAUUGAUUGUUCCUUGCGGGGGCAAGGUCCCCGGAAACCAGAAAUAAGAGAU